AUGGAAGGCGUAGGUGCCCGUGUGGCGCGAGGUCCAGACUGGAAAUGGGGGAAGCAGGAUGGUGGUGAUGGACAUGUUGGAACAGUCAGAAAUUUCGAAUCGCCUGAAGAAGUUGUUGUGGUCUGGGACAAUGGAACAGCGGCCAACUAUCGAUGUGCUGGGGCGUAUGAUCUUAGGAUUCUGGACAGUGCUCCAACAGGUUACCCCACCCCAACCACUUGCAUUGCAGGCUACCCCACCCCAACCACUUCCAUUGCAGGCUACCCCACCCCCACCACUUCCAUUGCAGGCUACCCACCCCCACCACUUGGAUUAUAUGCUACCCCACCCCCACCACUUGCAUUGCAGGCUACCCCACCCCCACCACUUGCAUUGUAUGCUACCCCACCCCCACCACUUGUAUUGCAGGCUACCCCAACCCCACCACUUGCAUUGCAGGCUACCCCGCCCCCACCACUUGCAUCAUAUGCUACCCCACCCCUAUUACUUGCAUUGCAUGAUACCCCACCCCCACCACUUGCAUUGCAGGCUACCCAACCCCAACCACGUGCAUUGCAGGUUACCCCACCCCAACCACUUGCAUUGCAGGCUACCCCACCCCAACCACUUGCAUUGCAGGCUACCCCACCCCCACCACUUCCAUUGCAGGCUACCCCACCCCAACAACUUGCAUUGCAGGCUACCCCACCCCAACCACUUGCAUUGCAGGCUACCCCACCCCUACCACUUGCAUCGCAGGCUACCCCACUCCAACAACUUAUGCCAUGCUGUGCAGAAAUACGAAGUUCUGAUUCUCACCACUGUUGA